UGCAUUAACAUCGCUUGUAUUUUGAACUGCACAUAAUUUUUGAAGCAAGGCAUUUUUGACUAAUUUAAAACAAUUCUGACACAAGAAACACAAACGAACCUUCUUCAAAGGCAUCAGCUGACAACUAUUCCAAUCGUAUCGACCAAAAUGACACCAUCAUUAAAAAGCACAUACUAGCAGACAUAACGUGGACGCCGUCAAAGUUUAUUUCUCUUCUAUUUUUUAACCCAUGUGCCUGUUUUACUGUUAUCAACGUCACUCAAACUCUCUGCAGAGAAAAAAUACAAACGAUCGCGAAAAUUGUAGAACUAGAGUGGACCGCUACAACCUCCCCCUAUAAUCAAGUUUAAAGAUGAAACUGACGUUUCACAACCGGCCAAGAGUAGAAGGAACCACGCUGUUAAUGCAAAGAAACGCAGACAAAAGGUCGCCAUUGACCGGCAGUACGUCUUAAGACGAGCCUGUCUUUUCAGUACAACUUCCCAAAUUCCAAUAGGCCGUUUCAGCGCGUAACCAGUCAAAAAUAAACAGUUCGCUGUUGGUAGAGUUCUAAGCAACACAAUCACAUUUAAUACAAUCCAGAAAUAUCAAGCAAGAACUUUAAUAAACCUCCUUACGUCCUUUCUCAGAACACGCAAUGAUCGCCAUUGUCGGCUGAAGUGCAAGCCAAGCAGUGGGGUAGCCGAGAUCAAGUCUACAAAACUGAAAAGCACGGCGCCACUGUAUCUUUACUCUCAAGUAUAUACCAACAAAACAGUCUCUGUUCCGCAAUACCCCCACCUCAUAAAAAGUCAUCGGUCACCCAUUUUCAGCGUAUCUUACAGGCCUACAUUGAAAUGUUUUUCACAAAUGUGGACUCACCUGCUGAUCUAGACUAAGUGCAUUUUCGGCGGCCACAUGACUCAUAACUAGAAGAUAAUAAGUUACAGAAUGCCUGGAGAAGACAUCCCGAAUUAUGAAGAAGAAUUUGCUUCUCGAUUCACAGAUUGUGAUCAGGAUUAUCAGGAGCACAAAAAGUGUUCUAAAGAUACUCCACCCAUAAUGGAAGACUGGAACGGUAUAGAAGGUGGCAGCCAGAGAAACCGAGAGAAUAGUUACAGAAUGCCUGGAGAAGACAUCCUGAAUUAUGAAGAAGAAUUUGCUUCUCGAUUCACAGAUCGUGAUCAGGAUUAUCAGGAGCACAAAAAGUGUUCUAAAGAUACUCCACCCAUAGUGGAAGACUGGAACGGUAUAGAAGGUGGCAGCCAGAGAAACCGAGAGAAUAGGUUUGAAGACUUUCGGGCACGCAGAGGAAGAGGAGGUGGACGAAGUUGGUCUCAUGAUAACUAUAAUCGGCAACGGAGAGGCUGGGGUAAUGGUAGCUAUUCAUAUGGCCAUCGGAGGAGUUAUAGUUCCCACCCACAUGGAUACCAAGGUUAUAAUACCUAUGAUCAACAUCGGAACCAUAAUUACUAUUGAAUCAGUCAGAGUUUUUGUUUAGUUAGUUUUUCCACUAAGAACUUGAUACUGAGAACCAAAACCUCAAUGUUUAAAACAAGUCUUGUACACGCUCAUUCAUAUUUUUGUAUAGUCGUUUUUUUUUUUUCUUGUUUUUCUUAAUUUUUGACACUGUAAUUUUUAAAGCAUUUGCAUUGCUUAGUCAGUGCUCUUGAUGCUGAGGAUUUAUCUUGUGCAUUGCAAUGCUAUGCCUAGAAACGCUUUGGCGUUUAUUCAGUCGGGACUGCAGUUUCCUAAUUGAGAGGGUCACUGUUUUAAAGCUUAUGAUCUCUUUGAGCUUUAGCAAGUUGCAAAACUAGAUAUCUGCUAGACUGCAGUAAAUACUGAAACUGUUACACUUCUGAAGUGAUUUAAAAAGGUAGUAAUGCUGGCAUUUUUAUCACAGGAGAAAAUGUUAAUUUGUUUUAUAAUGUACUGUAUGUAUUCCCAUGCAUUCUAGCUAGUAGUAUGAUGUAUAUAAGCAUUCCAUCUAUGUGAAUGCUUAUUUUCAUUCACUUCUUGAAUGUCUCGAGUUCAGGUCUGUAUCAUGCUUUUAUGCGGUUUUGCUUAAAAAAAUGUGUAGGGUACCCAGUUUAUCUAGCUUCCUUUGAUUGCCAACUGAAAAAAUAGCCAGAUACUGUAAAUGUUUAGUGUUUAUAUGAAAACUAGUUUUGUACAGUAGCAUACCUGUUUUCAGAGAUGUAUCGGUUAAGUCCAGAGAGAAUAUUUUUUUUUAACAAAAAAUCUGUAGUACUAUUCUUGUAUUCCUCUAUAUUAUUGUGAAAAGUUCAAGUAAUACUUUUUGGGAAAUAAUGGUCUUAUUUAAUGAAUAUGGUCUUCCUUAAAAUGUAAAUGACAAGCUUGCUUUUGUGAUGCAUUGCAGUAGCCUAAAUAUGAAAUAAAUUGUACCUCCAUUUCACAACAAGCUUCUAUCUGAAGACCAAACUUGUUUACUUGAUUGUCAUAUUAAUUACUUAUGACUGAAAAGUCACUUAUUUUGGUUCUUUCUCUUAAACAUGUUCAGAAAUGCUGCAAAAUGUAAAGUGUGUGUGUAUUGAGUUGUUCUGUAGGUCAGUCUACACAGUUUAUCUGCUGUAAUAAUCUGCGGUGUUUCUGUGACUUCUUUCACAUGAUUUGUACUACCUUUGUUGAAACUCUCUUGCUUUUAGAUGGCAUCUGAGCUGUGUAGAGUUUUGUACACUAGUAGAGUCUGUCUUUUUUUCUUUUAUUUUAUUGCUUUUCUACAGUUGUGAUGAUGGACUCGUUACCUUUUAUUUCAUGCUGACGUCUUGACUCCAGUUUAAUGUAGAUUUUCUGCUAUAGGUUGUACUUUUUGGUGACUUGGUGUGAAAGAUGUAUUUUCACCCUUUUUUUUCUUUUGUACUUUCAUCUGCUUACUGGAACCAUCACAGCAUCAUCCAACAAAUAAAUUAAUCAAAUGUU